AUGGAAUCUGUAGACCAUAAGGUAGAGUCUAUGCUUAGUGUUGUAUCUCUCUCCGUUCCACCUUUUUGGGACAUGGAUCCUGUUUUGUGGUUCGCUCAUCUUGAGGCUGAGUUUUAUAACCACAGAAUCACUUCCGACUACGCGAAGUAUUGCAAGCUCCUGUCCUAUCUCCCCAAGGAGAUAUCAAUGCAGGUUCGUGACGUCAUCAUUUCUCAGACCGAAAACCGCUAUGAGGCUCUCAAGGAAGCCACGAUUAAGCGUGUUAUGCCCUCUGAGAAAGUUCGCCUGCAGCAGCUUUUCAGGGAUCUGCAGCUGGGCGACAAACUGCCCUCAACCCUGCUACGCGAGAUGCAGCAACUCCUUGGUUCAUCAACCAUGGACGAGACUUUACUUCGCGAACUAUGGCUACAACGGCUACCGGAAAACACACAAGCGAUUCUCGCUACAGUGAGCUCCGUUCCGCUCACUCAACUAGCAGACUUAGCGGAUCGAGUUAUUGAACGAUCACAGCCACAGGCCAACGCCAGCAAGGUCCAUGCCGUCGCGUCCCAGGGCACUUCUAUCACUGGCUUACAGUCAACUAUAGAAGCCCUGCAAGCACAAGUUGCGACACUUAGUCGCCAGGUCCAGCAGCUUACUAUGGACCGUCGUCGUCAUAGCCGAUCCAAAUCGCCCUGCAAACGUUCUCAGUCUAGCAACAGGCAAGCUAGCUGUUGGUACCAUCAGCGUUUUGGUACCGCAGCUCGUAAAUGUGUAAAGCCUUGCAACUUCGACGAGAAGCAGGGAAAACUUCGCGGCCGGUCCGUAACGGCGACGGACGCGACUGGCCAACACCAAAGUCGCCUCAUCCGCGUUAGGGAUUUAACUUCCGGCACCGAGUUUCUAGUCGACACUGGUGCCGAAGUUAGCGUUAUACCCCGUAGCUCAGAUGAGGUCGUCUCACCAUCGCCGACCAAGCUGCGUGCCGCCAAUGGCACACCAAUCGCAACUUUCGGCGAAAAGCUGCUAACGCUCAACUUAGGCCUCCGGCGAACCUUUCGCUGGCCUUUCAUAAUCGCUGCU